AGGUGACGGAGAGUUUCAGUGACCAGGACGGCCGUAACUUUGGGGAGAGUUUCAAGGUGGAUGUGAAGGUGAUUCAGGUGACCAUGGAGUCUGGUCUGGGUCACCGGACGGUCCCCCUGCUACUGGCUGAGACCUCUCUGUCUGGGACGGCCAAGAACUGGUCCUCCCUCCUCUACCUCUGCUCUGACAUGACCCUGGAGGUGAACUACUUCAAUGAGACCCAUGCUGUCUGGGAACCGCUGUUAGAGAGAGUGGAGGACGGCAAACGCAGGUGGAACCUCAAGCUAGAGAUGAAGAACAACCCGUCCAGGAUAAGAGUCCUGUUCCCGGGGACGACUUCGUGGUUCUCCCCGAGCCGCGUACCGCCAUCAACAUCUGUUCCAGAGACACCAUAACAUUACGGUCUCUAAGUGCUGCCUCAAUGUCCUCAGCAACCUAGCCAAGGCGUUCUCUGAGGGCACAGCCUCUACCUUCGACCCACAGUCUAUGGAGAAG